UGGCCCAGUCCAUUCGGUGCUCGGCGGAGGGAUGUUGCAUCGCGCGCGGUACCAUCUCACGGACGGGAAUUAAAAAAAAAUAAAAUGCCAUAGUUUGAAAGUGGUGCAGCGCGGUUUAAAACUUAACGUUUUGAUGCGUUCGCGACUGACAGCGUCAGAACUAAACUAGUGUUGUGUGUUUAGGUUAAGUUAGUGUGUUUGGAUUUUUAAAAUGACUGAUUGCACGGAUAUUUUUAUUGAAUUUCGUUGUAAAUAAUUAGUAAUAGUGUUCGUAAGUGUAGGUCGGUUACGUGAUCGCGUGGUGGUUUUGAUUGCAGUGUCCCUCGCGUUCUCAUUCAGAUGCCAGUAUAACCUUGACACGUUUUCCCGCGCUAGCACCCCAACCUUGUUUUCAGUUGCACUCUCUUGACAUUUACCGCAAAAGCGGGUUCUCUUUUGCUAAUUAGCGAUACUGUGUGAAUAAAUACUCCGUGGAGUUUGUAAUUAUGGAUAUAAAUACUUACUUCUCUCACUAAUUAAGUUUGAGUAGUUUAGUCAUGAUGAGUGACGUUAAAAACGAUUGUAGAAUGUUCGUAGAGUAAUAUAGUUGGAAAUAAUUCUCGUAGGAUUAAUGAUAAAGUCCGUAAUAAUGGAAUCCUUGUGACCGUUUGAGUGAGGAGUGAGCCAGCGUCUUCAAAAUGAGAAUUUCAAAAGGUGCCAGCAACAUAGCCUUAGGCCUUGGAAUUAUCAUAGCAACGCUUCUCAACCUCACCGACUGCGACCUGAUAACCGAAGCACCGAAGACCAAAGAAGUAUACAUCUACCAGCGAGACAGUCCCAAAGAUAUACCAGAACCUGAACUGCUACCAGUCUUACAUGGAAACGAUACUAGAUGCCGAAUCUCCGAGUAUUUGUGUGCAAACAAGAAAUGUAUACCGAUUAAUCGAUUCUGUGAUGGUACGAAUGAUUGCGGGGAUUCGUCUGAUGAGCCGAGACAUUGCACACGUUGCAACAAGACCUACUACGGCGAUAUCGGAAGAACGUAUGAGCUGGAACUACAUCGUCCUCGGGAGGACCUGGUGCCUUACGUCUGUCUCCUCACUAUUACAGCCGCUGGUGGAAUCCAUGGUGACUUGGUGCAGGUCCUCUUCGAUAGCUUCACUCUUGGCCGCUUCACAUCCUUCACAGAAGAUGGCUGUCCAGACGGCUACAUGCAGAUCCAAGAAGCCAGCAGACCACAAGUCGGAGGCUCAUGGUGUGGAACCUCCUGGGGCCCUUCCAUCUACUACAGCGAAACAAAAUCCAUCACCCUCAUCAUCAGACUCUUGCACUUAUCGAAAGAACAGAACAACUAUAAUUUCGACUUCAGAAUGGCUUAUAAGGUUUUGAGAAGGGAAUAUGCCACCGUCCGAUACGGAGGAACCCCUCCUUCGGAACGGCCUUUUUUCAAACUGAGACCAAUGCCUUAUCCCGUAAACAUAUCACGCGGCGAGGAUACGACUGUAGCCAAGACGACAAAAACUCCCGAGUAUUACCUCGGGGAUUUGAUUUCUGGAACUUAUUGCUCACGGAUAUUCAGCGACUGUGAUCGUAAAAAUUGUAGGUUACAGUCACCAAAUUUUCCCGGUGUGUACCCUAGAAACUUGACUUGUUACUAUGCGGUACGACAGCAUGAAGUGCCUCAAGGAAAGCACGCCCUAAUUGUUGUUAAACAGCCGAACGGCCAACUAGUUUCCAUUAGGAGCCAGAAGGCUUUGUACGCAGCGCAACAAGAACGGGGUAAUAAUGGACGGGAGCUGAAAUUUUGGCAACAAUGUGACGAAGUUCAAGACUAUGUAACGGUUUACGAUGGCUAUACAACAAGAGAUCCAGUCAUAUUGAGAUUUUGUGGAGGAGGUGUAUCCGUGCCCGAGGCGAUAUCGAGUGGUCCUGAAUUGUUAGUGGAAUUUACGACUUCACCUUUCGGAACGUUUUUACAACCAGUAACGUCACAAUCUCUUCAUGGAUUCCAGUUGGAAGUGGAGGUCAGGUUUGUGGAUCAACAGUCGCCGACGUACGCGAAGAACAAAAGGGCCUGCGAGUUUUGGAUUAGAGGGACUGGCCGAGGGGUUUUGGAGCACCCGCAACAUUCCUUGCCUCCGAAUACCACAUGCCUUUACCACAUGCAAGGAAUAGACACCUCUGGCCCCUCGGGUCGCAACAUAAUUUACAGAAGGCCCUCGUUUUCAGCUCCACGUUUCAGAGUGUGGUUUUCAGUAUUGAAAUUUUAUGUGACAAACGCUUUAAAUCCUAACUUGCCCGAGGACGAGUACUGUGGGAGUCAUUUGAAUAUAUGGGAUGGUCCGAUGAGAAUAUCGCCCGGUUGCAGCGAUAUAUUUUGCGACAAAGAGAGGUCAGUGCAGAUGUCUCGGGCGACCUCCCCUCAAUCAGUGAUAGUGGGUCGACCUCCAACAAAUGCUACCUUAGUCGCAAGGUUCUGUCGGGAGCGUGCCCCAAGGACAUGUGAACACGCGUUGUUACGAAGAUCCAGGGCCUGUGCAAAAACAGAAAGUUUUCUUUCAAAGGGGGACUCAUUGACACUGGAGCUAAAAUUGACGCAGGGGACCGCAUUGAAACCAGUUUACUUCAAAGCGCUUUAUGAGUUUGUGGAUUUACAUCAAGAUGGAGAGCCUUGGGGUCGAGGGUCUUGUUCCAGACGAUUUGCUUCACGUUCAUUCCCAGAAGCACCACCUGAUCCACCGAUAACGUUUUCAUCGCCAAGAGAUGUGUUUCUGUACGGGAGAGGAGGAAAUAGAAAUAUUAGUUGCACAUACCGCUUCGAAGCAAAUCCUGGUGAAGUAAUAAGAGUUCGAGUGUGGGGUAUAAGGAGUGGAGGUCGACUGUGCCGGUCUGUGCAUUCAGCCCACUCACCAUGGUACCGCUGUGCUGGGGACAUUACUGCAGCCGUCAGGAUCUUCGACAAACCCUGGAGAGACGCUGGUUCCAGAAUACCUAGAGACUGUUUAUGCAGUGACGUUGGUGAUUAUGAAUUCACUUCUCUCUCGACUGUUGCUGAGCUAAGAUUCGACGUGGUGAACAUGACUGCUUCAGAUGACUUCAGAUCCUUUGGAUUCGAAGCUUCUGUAGAAUUCGUACGAUUGGAAGCUGGCUGUGAAACUUCUCAUCGCGUUUAUGGUGCUAGUGGAGAAAUGAGACUUGCUUCUUCAAAUCCGAUGUCUGAAUCGGAACGCUGCGAACGUCGUCCUUGGCUAAUCGAUCCUUCUCCAGGCCGGUAUCUCUACCUCCAAAUCCGAGGAAGCAUCAUCAGGGAACCAGAAUUAGAUAACUUCACUCUUCUAAACAAUAUCACUGUGGCUCCAGACAUGAGACACCUUUGCAGAACUCCAAACCGAAUAGCAGUUUAUACUGGAGGUCUUGCACCUACUUUCAUUUGUCCAGAACCUCCUGAAGAACAGAUGGAAGACAUGGUGGAAGUUUUCUCCGAUGGUUGGUCCAGAGAAGUGGAUCCUCUUGCCCGACACGUAUUUGCUUCUCCUUCUGCCUCCGAUCAUUUCGACUUGGACUGGCCAAGAUCACUGAGUGUAGAACUCAUUGCUGUAGAACCUGCUUCCUAUUAUGUUACGUGGUUGGAACUUUCUAGAAGACACGCAAGUUCCCAUGGUGGCGUGUUCGCGCUGUCUGGUGAAUGUGAGUACAGGUGUGCGUCUCUGGACGCAUGCAUUGCAGCGGCCCUGUGGUGCGACGGCAUCCCCCACUGCCCCCGGGGGGAGGACGAGCGGCUCGCCCACUGCUCCGCUCUUCUGCGAGUACCAGCGCAUUAUGCACUCAUGUUUUUAGCGCUAACUUUACUUGCUGCUUUUGCUGUGAUAACGGCAGCCCGUUCCUGCCGGCGGCGUCGGUCGGCGCUGCAGCAGCGGCUCAAGAGCCUGUCCUCAGACACGGCCAUCUUCGACGAAAAAGAAGUGAUUUGCUGACCAAGCGAGGACUCUGUGCGAUACGUGGAAAUAGAUCGCGUCACCACUGUGUGACCGCUUUCCCGCGCAGAGUCCAAACAAUACUUAACUAUUAUAAUGAUAAAAUUUUCGAAAUGGUGGACAACCACCUCUAAAGGUAGCCACGUAGUAAAAUAUAUUUGACCGAUUCCUCUAAGUAGUGGGUCAAUUGUUGGUUGAUUGAGGGUAUAGCAUAAUGAAUUUGAAUUGAAAUUAUGUGAAGACAAAAUUGUUACUCAUAGAAAGUUGUACGAAAAUAAUGUCACUGAUGUCUAUGAGGAUACUAAUGUAAAUAAAUGUGAUUAUAAAUAAAUAAAGUAGAUAAUGUUAGUGCGAAUAUAAAUUUUGGACCAAGUGCUGUCGAUCGGUGGCCAAGGCUUGGCCAAACUUGGAGUUGGGUCGUUGAUAUAAAUAAGAUGGUUAAUGAAACAGUUACAGGUGAUGAAUUAUUGGAAAGAUGAAUAGAUUUAGAUAUUAUUUUAUUGGCUACUGUUGAAUUUAAGAAAAUACAAUUUUAUUAACUAAAAAAUCACCAAUUUACUCACGUACUUUAAUGGAGAAAAGCUCUACUAGUUUCGAUGCCAGACGCGGCAACGUCGCGCAGCCUGCGCACGCUGCUCAUGAUGAAGAGUCCCUCUGUGACUCGAAACUAGUAGAGCUUUUUCCAUUAAUGUACGUGAGUAAAUCGUGAUUUUUUUAGUUAAUUUAGUAUGUCUCACGAUAGUUAUUAUAAAAAUACAAGUUUAUGUUGAUUUCCUAAUUCUGUAUUUUGAUUGUAUUGAUGCAACUGACUUCAAUACUUUUGGCUUUAUGCAAUAUUUCUUUAUGUAUACUACUCUAUUAACACUUCAUUUUUCUUUUACAUUUGUAAUAAUGAUAUCUAUUUAUUUCCCUCAGUAAUUAAACCUGUUUUACGGAUACAUUAAUAAUUUAUCUUCCUUCCAUAUUAUUAUUUUGCUCAUUGCGUGACCUAAGUACGUACGACGAUUGUUUCCGACCACAGAAAGUAUCAAGAAUGCAAGGUUACCACUUAUGUGUUCAAUUGAAAAAAAAAUAAGAUAAAUUGUUGUGAAUAACAUUUGAAAACCAGUAUAACUUGACUCGCGGUAAAAUCGGGAACUAGUGAUUCUAUGGUGUAUGAUAAAUUUGGCAUGUGUUAAGUGUCAAGUUAUAGUGGUUUUAGUAUGCAGACAAACGCACAAGCAAUUGUAAGAUGACCGAUCGAACGAAGCACAAUUUUGAUUUCAUUUAUCGAUUGGCAUUUUGUAAAUAUUUGUAGUGUCUCUUAAUCAAGGUUUGUUAAAUCGUUAUUUAGGUAUAUUGGAGUCUAAUGCAAAAAUGAUACACGAACACUAAAUUGAUUAUACAACGCUUGGUGUUAGAGAAAUAAAUAAAAUAGAGCUGUCUUUAAGUUUAAUCGAUAGUGAAAUUGAUUUAUUUGGACAAACGGGAUGUUGCCAAUGAAUUAUUAUGAAUUAGGUAUUUUAAUUUCCUUUUAUUAAUAAGAAUGUUGCAAUAUUUUAUAGACAGCUCUAUUUUAAACCAAGGUUGUUUAAAUAUGUGCGUGUAUAAAAGUAGUUAAGUAGAAAUAUUAAAUUUAAAAUUAUAAUAAUCAUGUUCGUGUAUCAUUUUUGUAGCGAAGAUCGUGUUAAAUAAAUUCGCGGCAAUAAUUUCUAAUAAUUUAUUGAUUGAAGGAAUCGAAUAAACGUUGACAUGAGGGCUUAGUACAAGUUUGUUUCACGAUGAACGAUAUAGAAACUCGAUUGGCCUGCUCCAAUGAACGAACCAAUCAAAGCGCCGAAUGCGGUCGCGUUUCGAUCUCGUUAAACGUAAAACAAACUCGUAUUAAGCCCUUUGUAUUCUAAACGUUACUCUAAAUUCGUAUACGUGAUAUGAAACUGCCAUUUUUAUAAGAAUAUUCAUGUUCAAUUAACGAAAAUUAGCAAAAUGUUAUAGAUUAAUGGAUAUGUCUUCAAUGUAUUCUAUUAUUUUGGCAUUCUUGUUUUUUUUUUCCUUGAUGGCAACCAAGUCUCCAAUACGAAGUUGUCGACUAUACUGCCAGUGUCGAGUAGGCAUUCUUGUUGCGUUUGCCGCCCAACAGAUGACAUUAAAACUAACAAUAAAAAAAAUCUUUAUCAGAAGCUUUAUAAAAUAACGGAGAAAUUAUAUUAAAUAAUAUUCCUAUUAAAAAAAUCAUUCGAAGAAUUUUAAUAUUGUAGAAACAUCAGAAAUAAUGGUAUAUACCCCUAAUUGAAUAAAAAGCGAUGUAAAUAAAAUCUUAAAAAAAAACUAUUCAUAUCUUAGAAAUGUAUUGAAGUGAUAUAAUAUGUUUGUUUCCCAAGGAAAUUAUUAAAGUUUAUUAUAUCGCGUUAACUAUUAGUGAAAAUCUAGGUAAUUUAAUAAUUUCAACAGAUUGAAAAAAAUUCAAAUAUAUUUAUUUAUCAGAGAGAAGCUAUGUAUAUAUUUUGUUUAUUUGAACAAUAUAAUAAAAAUACUGAUAGUAUUUAGUUAAUUAACAAAAUUAUUUCAAGUUGUUUAAGGUUUUAUUUUGAAUAUUUAAUAAUACUGUAGUAAUUAAAGAUGGCAGCUCAAUAAUUAUUAUCUAUGGGAUUUCGCGCCUUUUUAUGACGUUUAAAAUAAGAUGGCGGCAGUUGGCGCGCCAAGUCGUUAGAAAUUAGAUAAAUAUCGCUGUCAUUAUUAUUGUUUUUAUGAAUACGUUUAAUUAUUUAUAUUUAGAUAAUUGUAAUUUUAAGGAUUUAUUAGACAAAAUGGAGUAGAACGUUUGUAUCGUCUUCCAUAAUGUAAAUGAGAACUCCGGUUUUCUUUUCCUCCAAUACGUUACGCCAUAUCAGAUACGAUAAUUGAAUACGGAUAAUAAUUAAACAGAGUCAGGUGUUAUCCUGGAAGACAAUAAUGAUGGAUAAUAGCUGUAAUAAGCAGAGUUACAUAAUUUCACGUUCAAAACAAUGAUUACGAAGAGUUAUGAUGAUAAUAAGAGGUUUUUAAAAAUAAAAGUAUUUACUGCAUGA